AAGAGGAAGGAAGGAAGGAUUUGCAGGGCGUGAGGAUGGGAGCAGGAGUCCCCCCCACCCCCAUCCACAGUAGAGUGCCGGGUGAGGGAAGGCGGCGUCCUCGCCUUUGCCGGCUAUAUCCCCGAGGAAGAGGCGGGGAAAGAAGCUCCUCCCGACUCUCCGGCCAGCGCAGGGUUAAAGGCAGCGAGGGGAGUCGCCCCGCCCCCUCCGUGGGAAAGGCAGCCCAGAUUUUCCCACGCCUGGGAAGAGCGUUGCGCGCUUGGGGGGACCGGUCCGCGAUCGAAAAACCGAGCACGGCUCCAGAGGGGAUGAUGAUGAUGAUGUCGCUGGCUCUGGCAAUCUUCGAAGAGGUGGCGGUGCAUUUUACAGAAGACGAGUGGAUGUUGCUGAAUGCAGAUCAAAGAGUUUUACACCGAGAAGUCCUAGAGGAGAUUUGGAAGACGCUGGCUUCCUUGGAAAUACUUCUGGCUCUGGGAUCGGACCAGAUCUCCAGGAUAGACGAAGAUUUGCCAGCUGAAGGCUUCAAGGAAGAAGAAGACAAUUUUAGAGGCAAUUUAUCCGUUGGUCAGUGGGAUACUGGUCAAUCAGGUCAAUCAGGUGACGAAAAAGAGAAUACUACGAAUAGUGCAGAGCAGAGCAGAGAAACUCUGCCAUAUCAGACAAGAAGAAAAAGACCCAUUUCACCUGAAACAGUGAGCUUUAAUGAAUUCCAGGUGCAGCAAGGAGGUUGUGCGGGAAAGAGAGACAAUCAAGAUCUGGCCGGAAAGACUGGGGAAUUCACCUCUUCUGGUGGAAAGCUAUUGGCUGAGAUCUCCAGUCCUGCAACCCCAAGCAAAGUCCUGGAAUCGGAGAGGCUGUGCAAGUGUUUGGAGUGCGGGAAGGGUUUCAAAGACAAGAUGCACCUCAUGGUACAUCAGCGAAUCCACACAGGGGAGAAGCCAUUUCAGUGCUCGGACUGCCGAAAGAGCUUCAGUCGGAGUCAUCACCUGAUUGGCCAUCAGAGGACCCACUCAGGAGAGAAGCCAUUUAAAUGUCCUGAGUGCGGGAAGCGCUUCAUUGAUAACAGCAACCUCACCAAACAUAAACGAAUCCACACGGUCGAGAAGCCAUUUAAGUGCACAGAGUGUGGAAAGAGCUUCAACCACAGUAGCACCCUCUCCUCCCACCGAAGGAUCCAUACGGGGGAGAAACCGUACAUGUGUGCCGAUUGCGGGAGACGUUUCAGCCAGUGGACAAACCUGAACGCGCAUCAGCGGCUACAUACGGAGGAGAAACCCUACAAAUGCUCGGAAUGUGGAAAGGGCUUCUGUCAGAGUAGCAGUCUGUCUUAUCAUCAGAGAACUCAUGCGGGGGAAAAGCCAUAUAAGUGCUCUCAGUGUGAAAAGACUUUCACGUGUACCAGCACCCUUGUAUUACACCAGAGGAUCCAUACUGGGGAGAAACCGUUCGCUUGCUCGGAAUGUGGUAAGAGCUUCACUCAGCGGAUACACCUAACUCGACACCAGAGAAUCCACACUGGAGAAAAACCAUACGAGUGCCCAGACUGUGGGAAACACUUCAGGCAGUGGACAAGUCUAAUGACUCAUCAGAAAGGGCAUACGUUGGAAAAACCAUACAUAUGUUUAGAGUGCGGCAAGAAUUUCUCUCAGAAUAGUGGUCUGUUGUAUCAUCAGAAAUCUCACGCGGAUGAAAAGCCGUAUAAGUGCUCCGAGUGUACUAAAAGCUUUGCUUAUAGCAGUACUCUCACUUUACACCUGAGAAUCCAUUCUGGGGAGAAGCCAUUUGCUUGCACUGAGUGUGGAAAGAACUUUACUCAACGGAUGCACCUGACUCGACAUCAGAGGAUCCACACGGGGGAGAAACCUUAUAUCUGCUCGGAGUGUGGGAAAAACUUCCGGCAAUGGACUCACCUUAUUGCUCACCAGCGGGUUCACAGAGGAGAAAAACCAUGCAAAUCAGAGGGUCAGUUUCUGGUCAGUUACAACCCGCAACAUCCCUCCUCAUUUCCCGUGGUAGCAGGAAUUGGUGGCAUUGAUAAUGCAGCUUCAACUACUGAGCCACCAGUUCCCUGGCCGUGACAGCAGUUGGAUUUUUCAGUAGAGAAUUGGCACUUAAAUUCCAUGCUCAGUUAGUUUCUGGAACUGGGGAACUGUUCGUUCAAACCAAUAUUUCUACCCCCUUUUUUAAUGUUUUGAAUUUUAUAGAUGGCAAGGAAAGAAUCCAUAGGCCAUCAGAAACCAGUCUGGAAUGAGAUAGUUCCAUUUUACAUGAACUACAAUCUCAAUCAUCUCCAAGGCUGAUCCAGUGAAUAGUGUCAGUUUACAAAUGUGUUUUACAGGUAAUCCUCAACUUACAACCCCAAUUGAGCCCAAAUUUCCGUUGCUAAGGAAGACAAUUGUGAAAUGAGUUUUGCCCCAUUUUACAACUUUUCUUGCCACCGAUGUUAAGUGAACCACUG